UUCAGCGACUGAAACAUGAGCAAACAAAAACUGAGUUUCAAAUGGUUUGGGAGCCUCACCAAUCUCUCCAUCCGCCGCCCGACAGAGAAGGCCAAAAUCAAAGCAGCCCAAGAGCAUGAUGGGAGCCUUGGUAGUGCCAAAUCAGCAGAGGUGGACCAUUUGGUGGAUGACAUGGAGCCCUGCCUCCACAGCCCCAGCUACGCUCGAUCCAACGAAAUGUACACACACGUGGGCACUGUGCCUCGCAGCCAGAAGCAGAAGAGCUGUAAGGGGCUGAAGGAGAAAAAGAAAAAGAACAAAGAGGAGGAGGGGAUGAGUGGAGGGCAGAGUCAAUGGAAAGCGGGGGAACAUGUCAGAGACUCUCCUCUGCUCAGUGCCCUAUCCAGCCGCAGUUUGACCAGUCUGGACCGGCCGCUGCCUGCCACCCCAUCACCCAGCAGGGCUUCACCUUUGACCUCAGCACCUGAAAACUGCUUCAAUGAUCUUUCAGCAGACCCCUUUAAGAGCCAAACGGCAUUGUCAAGGAGAAAGGAUGCUUUAGAAACUACUAGACUUAUAAGAGAGCCUUCAAACAUGGAAACCGAUGGCCCCAAAGGGGUUUCAUCGCAGGACGUGUAUGUGCUGAUGGAUUCGAUAGCUGAAGCAGCUCGCAGCCACAUAGACGACCAAACAGAGCGAGACACCACAAGCAAAACCGAAAGAACAACGACUAAGAAUGGCUCGCAGGAAGUGCAGCGCAUUGACAGUCUGCAGGACUUGACGGACAGCAAUGGAGAAUAUGUGAAGUUCUCCAAAGAAAAGUUCUGGCUGGAGCCGCCAUCUGAGAAACUGAAAAAGCAGCUGGAGGAGGAGCUGAAGCUGAGUGGCAGCAACCUGAAGAGCCACGCCUGGUACCACGGAUGUAUUCCUUGGGAGGUCUCAGAGAGCCUGGUGGUGAACCACGGCGACUUCCUCAUCAGAGACUCUCAGUCCAGUCUGGGCGACUUUGUCCUCACCUGCCACUGGGAGCAGAAAACACUUCACUUCCUCAUCAAAAAGACGGCGGUUCAGUCCAGUGAGACAUACACUCGGGUCCAGUACAUCCUGGAAGGCGAGGCCUUCGACUCCUUACCGGCUCUUGUUCACUUCUACGUGGGCAGCAGGGCGGCUCUGACCCGGUGGAGCGGAGCUCAGAUUCACCGGCCGGUGAACAGGACGCUGCCUCUCAGCUACCUGGAGACGGCCUUCUGCACCGCCGUCAGCCCGCCGUCCUGCCAUAGAGGGCUGAAGAACGAUGUGGGCCGAGAGGAGAGGGUCUGUCCGAGAAGUCCUUCCUCUCUCCACCACAGGGAGGCAGACGGAAACAAGGAACAGGACGACCGGCCUCUGAUGACAGCUGGAGAAUCCUCUGUCUCUACUCCGUAUAACAGCACCACACAUUCUAGCAGCCCUAGGAUUAGCCGGGCAGGCAGCGUGGCUCCAUCCCCGUCCCUCUGCAGGCACAUGGAUACCGCCCAACCCUCGCCCUCCCCCAGCAGCACCCUCCACAGACAGUGUAACAACAGACCCCAACCACAUCUGAACCAGGACUCCCCGGCCUCUGAUGCAGGUGGAAGCUGCUACACAGAGCUGUACCCUAGCCCUCAGAGCUACGUGGAGAGACUGCGGGCGGAGGAUGGGUCAGUGGGCGUUGACCCUCUGAGGGUGGAGGACAGGAACGUGUACUUCUCUCCGCUGGUGGAGACGGUCUCUUCUUUUAAACCGAGCAGGUACCAGUCACCCCUGAUGUCCAAGGAGAAUAAGCCUUUGGAGGUGGCCAUCCUGCGGAGGGUGAAGGAGCUGCUGGCUGAGGUCGACCCCAGGACAGCGGCCAAACAUAUCACCAAGGCUGAUUGCAUGUUGGCCAGAAUUCUGCAGGUGACUCCGGAGGUGCAAAGGAUCAUGGGAGUUAGUUCUGGGAUGGAGCUGCUCACAUUGCCACAUGGCCAACGGCUAAGACUGGACCUGCUGGAGAGGUUCCAAACCAUGGCGACCAUGUUAGCUGUGGACGUGUUGGGCUGCACAGGGACGACUGAGGAGCGGGCCGGUGUGCUGCAUAAAAUCAUCCAAAUUGCUGCUGAGCUCAAGAGCACCAUGGGCAACAUGUUCGGCUUUGCUGCUUUCAUGAGAGCCUUAGAGCUGCCACAGGUGUCCCGUCUAGAGCAGACUUGGACAGCUUUACGUCAGCGGCACACAGAUGGCGCCAUUCUCUAUGAGAAAACUCUGAGGCCGUUUAUGAAGAGUCUGAACGAAGGGAGAGAAAGCUGCUCGCUGUCCAACACCACCUUCCCCCACGUCCUGCCCCUCCUGUCUCUGCUGGAGAAGUGCACGGCGAUGGGCGAUGGGACAGAGCCGUGGGAGACGGUGGACGUCGGGGUGGACGUGGUCAUGUUCCACCUGGGGGCGGCAAGGACCAUCGCUCAGCUGGGAGGCAUCUACCGCUCCAACGCUGAGAGCAAACUACAAGGUUUCCCGGAGCAGGCGGAAGUCCUGGAGCUCUUCCUUACUGACUUUCAGAUGAGGUUGCUGUGGGGGAGCAGGGGAGCUGAGGAAAGCCAGGCUCUGCGAUAUGCCAAGUUUGACCAGGUGUUGACCGCCUUGUCCAACAAGCUGGAGCCGCCCGCCAGACCACGAUGACCCCAGACCUGUUUUAAUGACUUUGUUUGUCCGGGAUAAGCUUACUGUCAUGUUCUCAUUCCUACAUGGGGCAAUCUGUUGGACACUAAGCCGUUGGGGUUCUGGUACCUUGCGCUAGGGCAACUGGAAGGUCAUUAAAACGCGAGUGGACGCCACCCUGUCUGUCAAAAUCUGGCCAAAUGUAACAGAAUAUGAUAGACCUGGUUCCUGGUCAAAAGCACAUUAGCAGCAUGAAUGUUAGCUUCAAAUGUGUUCUCACACUAAAGGGUUAAUGUCUCAUACCUGUAUUUUCAGAACCAUUGAAGCUGAGCACAGUUGAUCAAAUCCAAGGCAGAGUGCUUCUUAAAUUAUACUAUACUAUACAUUAAAGUCACAAAUCGUCAUGUGGAGAAUAAUUAGUUUCUGGAAGAAACAACUAGAUGCAGAAUGAUGGAGGAACUGCAAGUAUGAGGUAGUGCAGCACCUGGAGGACAACGCUGAUAACAUCCCAGCUACUGCUUUGGUGUACAUUUAGAAACUCACUGUAUUCUGACUUACUAUCCUCAUUACAGUCUAUACUAUAUUGAAAACUAAGGACUUGAACCACUUCAAUCUUUUUUCACUUUAUUUAAUAUGUUUAGGUUUCUUAACAGAGGACUACAUCCAUCCAACAAUGAACCAAAAUGUGAACAUAAGACAUCAGUGUAAAUAUCAGUACAGAUCCACUCCUCUGCUGUGCUUUUGUUCUGCAGAAGAAAACCUUUUCUGAGAUGUGUUUGCAAUGUGAAAUAGUCACUGAGAUGAGGCUGUGCCUCAGUCUGUUCAGUUAAUGUUUAGAAAUGUUUUUAUCUCUUCCUGAAGGCCGGACCUUCCUUAAAUGUGUAAGAACCGUAUGUCAAAUUGUACAACCCAAUAACAGAAUAACAUUCUAAUAAUAUUCUGUUUAUAUUCAUGUUUUAAUCAUUGGGGUUUUCUCAUUUGAAGUGAAUAUUUAAUGAGAUUACAAGUACUGUAAUCAGUGCCAGGAUCAGUUCACAGUCAGUUCAUAGCUUUUGUUAAACUCCUUUUUCUUCCGGUGUACUUCACAUACUGUAUCUCUCAUUAUCACUGUGAAUUGGAAGUGUGUGAACUAAAAGUAACCUAACCACAUGAGUGCAGCAUACAGGUACAGAUAAGUUCUAUUACCUUACAUAGUAUUAAUGUCUAAUAUUGAUCUGAAAUCUGAAAUGUAAAUAAACAUGUUUAUCUCA